GGGUGAGCUCAGCCCUCCUCGCUGUAUCGAUGAAGUUGUUUCAAAGAUGGCGGAUUUCCUGCCGUCCCGCUCCGUUUUAUCUGUAUGUUUCCCUAACUGUCUCCUCACAAGCGGCGAGGUAGAACAGUUGCGGAAAUCUAAAGAGAUAGAUAAGUGUAUUAAUCGAGAUAAGACUUAUGUUAAAAGGCUAGUAAAGAUCUUAUUACUUGGGGCAGGCGAGAGCGGCAAGUCCACUUUUCUCAAGCAGAUGCGCAUUAUCCAUGGGCAGGACUUCGAUCAGAAGGCCAAAGAAGAAUUCAGAGCCACGAUUUAUAGUAAUGUUAUAAAAGGUAUUCGAGUGUUGGUGGAUGCUCGGGAGAAGCUACACAUCCCAUGGGGUGACCCGUCCAACCAGCGGCACGGAGACACCAUGAUGGCAUUUGACACCCGGUCAGUGAUGGCCCACGGUCAUGGCAUGGUGGAGCCCAAAGUUUUCCAGCACUACCUGCCGUCCAUCCGGGCCCUGUGGGCUGACCAGGGCAUCCAGAAUGCCUACGACCGCCGCCGAGAGUUCCAGCUGGGUGAGUCAGUCAAGUAUUUCCUGGACAAUUUGGAAAAGCUCGGACAGUCGGGCUACCUCCCCAGCCAACAGGACAUUCUCUUGGCCAGAAAACCCACUAAGGGCAUCCACGAGUACAACUUUGAGAUUAAGAACGUGCCCUUCAAGAUGGUGGAUGUGGGCGGUCAGCGCUCUGAGAGGCGGCGCUGGUUCGAAUGCUUUGACUCAGUCACUUCCAUCCUCUUUCUCGUCUCCUCCUCUGAAUACGACCAGGUGCUGAUGGAGGACCGGCAGACAAACCGGCUGAGCGAGUCCCUCAACAUCUUCGAGACCAUCGUCAACAACCGGGUGUUCUGCAAUGUCUCCAUCAUCCUGUUCCUGAACAAGACGGACCUGCUGGAGGAGAAGGUGAAGCAGGUAUCCAUUAAAGACUACUUCCCCGAGUUCUCGGGCGACCCCACAAGCCUGGCAGACGUCCAGCGCUUCCUGGUGGAAUGCUUUCGCAAAAAGCGCCGUGAACAGCAGCAGAAGCCGCUGUACCACCACUUCACCACGGCCAUCAACACUGAGAACAUCCGGCUGGUGUUCCGCGACGUCAAGGACACCAUCCUGCACGACAACCUCAAGCAGCUGAUGCUGCAGUGAGGGGACUGACCAAGAGGAGGAGGAGGAGGAGGAGGAGGAGGAGGUGGAGGGGUGGGUGGAGGCAGAUGGAAAGUGGGUGUCUAGGUGCCUUUUUCUUACCUGUAAGAGGAGAGGGCAUUGUCCUUCUACCCAUCCAUCCUCCCUCCUUGACUUUGACCGGCUCCUCACUUUUGAACUUUGACUGUAUAUUAAAGCCACCACUACUACCGCCAUUCCCCCACGCUUGCUCUCUGCCUUACUGAGCUUGUUCACUGUGACUUAUAACAGCCACCUUUGGCUCAGAGCCCCAACCACUCUCUGACCCUUCAAACCACUGUAAAUGACCUCUAACCCCACUCUCUACCCCCGUCCACACUCUGCAGUGAAUCUCCCUGACGUCUCUUAUGGUAUUUGACCCUAAGUGUCGCUCUAAUUCACAUCCACACACUUUUCUUCUAUGCUGCUCUGACCACUGUUGCUAGGGAAGGAGAGGGGGAGGGGGUUGUUUUAAAUUGAUGUAACCGAGUAGCUGUCAUCAGCGACUGUUGCCAGGUGUUGCCUUCCUUUUCAGAACUUCUUUUGUUUUGUCCCGUUUGACAUCUGCUCUCCGCUGGCACGUCAUGAUGACAUCACUGUGGGGAUUUCCUCUGUGGAACUAACACACACACACACACACAAAUAGGAAUUCCUGUUCCAAAGUCCACUUAAUUCUAGUUUUCUAAUCAUUUCGUUUCUUUUUCUAAUAUAUGAAUAUACUGUAUGUACCUAUGCAUUUUCUUUAACUUAUAUUUUAUAGGGGUUUACACUUUUGUGGAUUUGCUGAUGGACUCUGUUACAGUUAACUGGAUACAUAGACCACUUGUAAAAUUUAACACAGUGCUAUAAGGGUAGCUAGCGCAGGGUUAAUAGUGACACAUUGUAUUUUGCUGUUUCUCAGGGCACAUUGUGAACCCCACCUUUUUGUGAUUUGAAGCCAAGCAGAACUCUCAUGCCUCCGCCUUUCCACACGAGUCACUCAAAAAUCAGAUUUCAUUUCUUUUCUCAGUUUGUUUCAGAAAAUAAGACUCCUUAUGUUUCAAAAACAGAACUGUGGCCAUCUUCAAUCAGGACCUUAGUUUACCAGCAGGGUCUGGACAGACAAAUAAUGACCCCAUUUGGGCCUGGUAUGAAUAUGUGAUCUGUAUCUAGAUGUGUUUUCUGGAUAAUGACAUCUGCAUUUACACCUGGUAUUAAUAAGCCUGGUUGUUAUCUCAACUCUGUUAUAUCAUUAUUGGAUCUCAGUAUGCAAACUAGACCUAGCUUUGCUGACAGCCAGAUUUCUUGCCCCGUCGACAUGCAGAAACAUAGUUCCCAAUGCCCACCCUGCCCACUCCAUUAGUUCUUUGGCCACUCUGCACUGCACACCACCCGGGUCAGGUGGAAGCUAGCUAGCAGUGCACCUCAUUCAGUGAUGACUGCUGGUGACUCCAUCCCUGUGAGGGGAACACAUUGCUGCGGAAACAUGGUGGCCACCCUCCAGUCUCCCUCCAGGUGGCCCUGCUGAGUAAGUGGCUUCAUUUUUUUGGGCGCAGUUUUUGCACAGCAGAUGUGGGUGGUGCAUAGUGCAGUAAACUGAACAGUAGCAAUUUAACCUAUAGACCCACAGGCAUAACUGGCCAAGAAAAUUCUCUGCUGAUAAAUUAAUGGUUAAUUGUUGACAUCCUUAAUACAAGAGUCAAAGCACCUGGUGCUGAGCCAGAGCAUCUCGGAGGUCACCCAUGGGGCAAACACUGUUGGUGCUAUGAUGCUUGAUGCUCCGCAGACCAUGAAUGUGGUGUGGCGUGGCGUAUUAAUAGCAUUCCAUUUGCCAUGUUUUCUAUGUGCAAUCAAUGUGUUUCUCCCUAUUCAAAUAACAUAAUCCAGAUACAUAACACAUGUUCAUGACCAAGGUACACUGGAUCCAUGAUAAGCUUCCAUUGAACAUUUUUUUAAUGGGACUGUGUUCACAGUAAACAGAAACUGUGGACAUAUCCAGUGUCUGUUUGCAUCACAGAUGCAUUGCAAAGCUGCAAGACACUUCUCUUUUCAGUUCUGCUGAAUCAAUUAUCGCCAAAAAUAUUUAAGAUUAAUGAAGAUCCAGAAAAUUCCAAUAAUUUAAGAUGUACCAGGCUGAGUUUUGACGUUACGUGUACAGGCACUGCACAAGAUGUAACCUGGAAAAAAUUGUCCUUGGUUUGAAAAUGUCCUCGAGUCUAACCGUCAUGUAGUGAUGUUGGAACUGUGGUGACAGUUGGUCAGAGUCUCAUUUGAAAGUUUCUUCAGAGGGACUCUAAGGAAAGAAGCCGUAAUAAAAGACUUGGCAAAACAAUGACAGAGGCUUUGGUCCAGGUUGAAAAUGGCCAAACUAAUACUCAAGCCCUGUGGAAGCCUGUAGAUUUCUUCUCUUUAUCAGAGGUGAGGAAGCGGGGAAACUUUCUUCUUCCUCCCAGGUGGAAUACCACCCUAAAUGUAUUAUACUUCAAGUGGUGAGGGGGGGUUCGGUCUUUCUUUGUUGUCCUGAAUGAUUUUUAUUUUGUAAAAGGUACCUCUAACUGCUGUCUGUCUCUCCUUUCCAUGCAUCCUAAGCUUAAAACAAAAGGUCACUAAUGAACCUGAGCAGUUGGUGCCUGUUGACUGAUCUCACUCUUGUGUACUGCUUAUGUACAGUUCACGUUUUCCUCUUUACUCUUUUCUCAUGUCCGAUAUAUCAGUAUGUAGUUCUCACACCCACCUCGCUCUCUUUUCUAACAGCUGAUGUAACCUCCCACACAGAUCUGUAUGUAUGACUAUGGGUGUUAUUUUAUUUUAUUUGAACUUUUCGGAUAGUGUUAAUUCACAACAGUAGCAGGCGUCUGGUGGCCUGGGCUUAAGGUGUUCUUCCUCCAGAUGGGUUCAGACCAUGAACACUUAUGUCCUCCAUGUGCCGCAGCACAUAACUGGCUCCACUGGUUCAUGCUAACACAUCAGCAUACGUAGAAGAGUAAUCAUCAAGAUGAUGAGAAUGUAUAGCAAGUUUCAAUAGUAAUGGAGUUUGCCUUUUAUUUAGCUGUUACAUUUUCCAGACUCUAAGCCAGAUGUACAGGGAAGGUCUUACUGUUUUCAAUCUCAACAAAAAGAACUUAGUGUGUUUGUAUGAGAACACAGACAUCCUGCAUACAUCAGCCCAAUUAUGUUUUUUUUUUUUUUUUUUUUACUUGUCUUCAUAGUUGUGUUGUAAUUGCUUCUGGCAGCUAAUCACUGAAAAGACUGAAUCAAACCCUGUUUUAGCUUGAACAUGCCUAUUACCCCUCAACCACUGACACUCCAACUCUCUGACAGAUCGCUCCAGCGUCUCUCUGUUGUGCCUACACCUAACGCAUUGCAGCCUCUCCUCUUAGUCUUCUGUCUCAGUUUUUAUCAGUACAGCUGUCUACACAGGCACCGUAACAGCUUGAGUUACACUCACCCUUCAACCUACAAAGCCUCUAAAUGCACACACACACACCAAACCGACAGCAGAGAACUAGUGCCAGCUGUUGUGUCACCCCCUGUCGCCCGUGUCUUGGCCAAAACGUAGCGUUUAGAACACACCACAAAGCCAGCUAGCACGUAUAUUCUGUGCCUGCUUGAGAAGAAAUAACUCUCCAUACCAGCAGGUGGCGAAAGUCUGUAUUCAUUGUUCAAAAAAGUAAACUGGAGGAACGACAGGACAGAUUCAAGACACUAUUUACCCAGUUAGCUCAUUAACAACACAGCCCAAUGUUAAAAGAAGAACUUAUAUUUACUGUGCACUAGUAACACAGUUACAAUCCGUUUCUGCUGAAGAGCUCAGUGGCUAAAAAACAAUCUUACCUAAUAUAACACGUUUGUUGUGAUAUCAUGCAGCACAUGGCUGCAGGUUGGAAUUGAACCUGUGGCCGCUGUGGCAAGGAUGUACUGGGCACCCCAUCAGUUACCUUUUUCAAUGCACAUUACAAAUUUUAAGUGUUUUUCCUCAUGAUCCAGACAUCCUUUGCUUUCCAUCUGUUCCUGUCUGCUAUAAAAAUGAAUUGGCACACUCGUAAAACUUGUUUGUGUUAUCCAUCACAGUCACAGGUCUGCAUUGCUUGGCCUCGUAACUGUAGUGUUACUUAAACAAAAAGUGUUUUCUGUUGAUGGAUUUUAAUAUUGUGUGAAAAUGAAAGGAAGCCAGUGGAGGAAAAAAAUAUGUAUGUUUCUAAAACACAAACAGCAUGUUUUGCAAAAUGGUUACAUGUAGUGUAAAGUUCACAGGUUUUGUAGUACACGGCUUCAAACAUGCUCGUCACUUGUUUUUUCUACAGUUCAUGAGAUAGGCAUCGGGGAAUGUGUAAAAUUUGUACAAAAUACACCAGUAGCCAAAGUCAGCUGAUACUAAAGCCACAAAACCAGUUUAGCUGUAAAACUGCAACCUUCAGUUAGACAAGUGUUGCAUGAUUAGUUGUCUCUUCUUUGGCACUCAUAUUUUUGUUUACAUACAUUUGAUGUAUGUUCCUCUUCUCGAUAAAUCUGUUUAAGACUGAUAUUUGUUCAAAAUUAGCAUUUAGUUUUGAACAAGUGAAUGCAUAUGGGUGAGAUGGAGGGGGAAUCUUGAGAGACAAAUCACAUCAUUUGUGUCCCAAAGCUGUGUCAGUGUAGUUCUUCCUGUCCCCCAGGCGAACAAGGAGCCUACUGUCACUCAACAUGUGUGUUAGCAUGGAGCAGUGAAGGCACAUGGGUUAUUUUGGUGUGUGUGUGUGUUCCAAACUCUGAAAAGAGGAAGUUGACCAACAAGAGCAUCUAUCUAAAGCUCAGUGAGUAACUCAAAGUGUGCGGUGCCAGUUGGUGUGAUUCUUCCUCUGUCAGUAUGUCUGCAUCUGGAUGAAGCUGUGUGUGAGACACAGACACACUGUGUCCUGUCUGCUGCUGCUCAGACACCCUGAAGCUGCAGCCCAGCAGAGUCUGGAUCCAGGCUGUUACAUUAUGUACUGACUUCAGGUCAGAAGAAAGUCUGUUGUUGCUCAAACACACAGUCAGACCCCGUGAGGUCAUAGCAGAACAAGCCAGUACCCUGACAUGGCCUUUGUUAUCUCUGAACAAACAAGUGAUGAUGUCCCACAUGCUGUUAGACUGUCUCAACUCUCUAAUGGAGCCUCUGUGAUGUCACAUCACCGUCAUUUAACAUCAGGGCUCCAAACUCAGGCUCAGGCGUUCAGAUUUGAGUUAUAGCCUGCAGCAAAAAGGAGCCACGUCUUUUCAGAGCACUUAUUAAACUGUCUUCACUUAUCCAAUGGAUGCAGAAAAUGAUGGGGCUACGUGAGAAAUGAGAAAAGAAAGAAAAGAAAAUUAGAAACUAAAAAGAAGAAUUAGCUAGUUCCUUGUGGAACAGUAUGUGUAAAAAUAAAUAGAAUAAAAAUCUCAGCUCAAAGGUACACUCAACAGUCCGUUGAGGUUUUCACAGAAUUUCGGGGGAAAUUUUUUACCGCCAAAAAUGGCAAAUUCACAGCAGCUUUUUUUUUUUUUUUUUUUUUUGGUUAUAAAAUUGUGUUGCAGUGUUUUUAGGCAUUUUUUGCAAUGAAAUUGCAGGAACAAAUGAAAAUUGCAAACAUAGUUGUUUUUGUAUAAUUAAUCUAAGUCACCUUGAUUCUGUCAGCACAUGUGGUAGAUGAGGAUGCAGCAGCCUUUGUCAUAGUGAUUUCUCUUUUCUGUUGUCAACAUGUUUCAGCCAUCUCCAGGUGUGUUUUGCAGUAGAAAAGUGUUUGUCACCCAGUGACUUGUUUGUGUUCCACCACCACAUUUACACAGUUUACCCUGCUUUUGUGCAGAACAUCAGGGAAUUGCCUUGUACGGUCUUAAACAGUGAUUUUUGUUGGUAAAUGUGAGGUAUUUGAGUUUCUCAUGUCAUCUUCAAUACCACAAACAAAGAAGUAACUUUGCUGAUGCGCGGGGGACUGAAACUGCAAUGAUUGGUCAAAUUUGCAGAAAAGUUGCGUUGAUUUGACAAAAUUGUAUGGUCGUGAAGGCUGCAUGGGGAUUUGUUGAAUUGGCGUUAGUUGUUGUGAUCACAGCUCCUGGAGGGGAUGACUUGCCAGCAUUUUGGAGCUCGCAGUGUACUUCAGUGAAUGGAGCUAGCCCAUGAUCCCAUCAGGUCUGAUAUUAAAGGCCAUCCUUUGACAGAGACCACCUGCUAUCAUGGGACCAAAGUAACACCUGAGCCAGCUCUAAUCACUGAUGUAGCCUGGGAGAUGUGUUUGAAAGUUACAAAAGGCUGUUAAGUGUUCAUUUGAGUGUCGAUAAAAACAUUCUGAGUUAAACUCUGAUUUAUAAGGAAAAAGUCACAACUUCAAACCCCUACUUCUUUAUUUUCACAUAGCCCUAUAAUUUCUCUUGCAAAGACAGACCAGUGGUGGAAGUGCUUAGUUUGAAGCAUACUAAGAUUCUAGACCAAAUGAAAUCUCUGCCUUAACUCUUCAGCCUAACAUCCCAGACAAAUUCCUCUCAGUUGUCCCCUGGGUGCUCAGUAUGUCUUCCCUGUCCUGUUGGACUACGGUCCAGACUUUGUGAUGGGUGACACUUAGUGUUUUGUAUCUGAGUCAGUGCAGUCACAUGUUCACCAUCUGCCUUCCAGCUCCCACAUGGAUUUGUCACCAGAUCCCACAGGGGCAUGUGCCAUCACACCCUGGGACCUGAAGGUGAUCACUUUUUUCUCAUGUGGGAACAGGGAAGAACUCUUUAUAACCAGGAGGCCUUGUUUGAAUUCUGCUCCCAAAGCUCCAUGUUGAGCAUGAACCUGACUCUGCCUUUGACUUUGCCUUCUAACAUUUCUGUAAUCUGGUUUUGUACGCUGCCUCUCCUGUGUGUUCUGUAAAUCUGACAGUACUGUUACAAAUGUGUUCUGGCUGAAAAUAGUGAAAAGCCUUUUCUAAUGUGUUUGGUUGUAAAUACCUGUGAGAGGACACCAGUGACACCUUACAUAGUCUCAACUAUGCAACAGCACUGCUCCACAGCCAUGACUUGGUAUUGUGUUAAAAAUAAUCAUGAUCUCACUGACUGAUAAUUCUCUUAAUGCCAGUGUCUUAUAGAAAUGAUGAGUAGUCAUGUCAGGAAAAAAUCUGCAAUGAUCUGCCAAAUAUACUGAUGUUUAGUGCCUCCUUUUCCAAGCUCUGCCUCUACUGUCCAAUCAUGUUAACAAAGGAUUUAUACUGUUUUAGGUUGUUUUUUUUUAAUAAUGCCACUCAAGCAGUUUGUUGUCCUCAUAUCAAGUAAUUCAGAUAAAACAUUUCUCCCACUUUUUCUAUUUUCAGAUAGACAAGCUUUCAAUGUACAGUCUAACUUAUGCUGUCUUACCCUUCUACUCCUAAAUAAAUCAAACAUAAAUAAA